AAAGUAUGAUAGGUCGGAUGAACACCAGGAAAACUAUCAAUGUGCGAGCGGGAUUAGGAUGCACAUUACGGAUUGGACCGAAAAUGAAGGGAGUCUAAAAAUUCCUGUACCUGAAGCCAUUCCUUAUGGAGAAUAGAUUCCUUGAAAAUAUCGAAAGAACUCCCGGAAUUACUACCUAUCCUCAGCCUAACCUUACCAUCUGCUCAGGUUCCUUGUCCUUUCGAAACCAUUCCCGGAAUACGAAUCAGCUAAUGCUGGUCAAGUAAUAUGUGUCGUCAAGCAAAUACCGUCAAGCCAAUCUGAAUCGUUUCAAAGCAAUAUGUACCGGUUAUGCAAUGUACAGCUUAUGCUUAUAUUCCCUUCUCUAACUCGCCAACUUGCUUCAAACCUUGGGAAGGCUUCAAUUAUCUAGCCAACUAUAAGGUUAUUAUGGUCAAAAACAAGAAAAGCAGGAUUUUUCGAGACAAAAAAAAGAACCAACCAAAAAAUCACCCAAUUGUUGGAUGAGGGAAGUUUAUUAUUGAAAAGAAAAUUUGAUGAUGGAUCAUUGAACUACGGAGUACAGUACUAAGCCCACAACAUGGUCAGUGCUAACUCACAUCUUCCCCACAGGUCCGAUUUGAUAUCAAUCUAAUCUCGCUACGUGGAAUCUUUACUCUUUUGAACUUACUUCAGAUCACAAAUUUCCUGUUUGGCGUCUCUGAUAGACAGAUUAGAUACGGCAAGAAAUGAAAGAUCCUCUUUUUUGGGCCGAAAUCCAAGCUAUUUUCUCCGAAUCACCGAGUAUCGUCCACUCAUACCCCUCCAUGAGAUUCGGACGGGGCUUUGACAUCCAGAAAAUAUCACCUCAACUUUCGUGGCACUGGACCGCAUUGCUUGUGACCCCUACAAUCCAAUUAUUUACUUUCAUGCAUCGUAUUUUUUCGUAUUGCAGCACGCCUUCCUGUAAGUG